AUGAUAAAUCGCGUCUCGUCACGUCAAAACUUUGGCGGUUAUCCUCUUAGACGACGUUUAGAACGUCAGAAUGUUUUGAAAAUAUGUGUUAUAAUUCAUAACGUUUUACCCUCCCGAACAAGUGUUAUUUCAACUGUUCUCCUCUUACAAGAACUUAGUUUCAAGAAUAAUGAUGACAAAUCUAUUCGAACAUACUACUAUCGUAAACCGUGGCAGCGUGUUAAACCAAAUUCAAAGUUAUACAAUAUGCAAUAUCCCAAUUGUAAACAAGGAAUAUAUUCAUUACGUUCAAACUUUGUACCAACAACACCGAUAUUAAACCCUGUAAAAGAAGAGAAAGCAAUAAAUAAUAAACCACAGGAAAAUUUAGUACAGAGAGAACCAGUUGUGCAACCAUUACCAGUGCGCUCACCUGUUCGUAAUUUACCACAAGUUACUCAACGUCACGCUCAAAUACAAUGUGCCAUUCUAUCAUCAAAUAUUCGACAUGAAAUUGGAAUUCAGACAGAUGAUGAUGAACCAAAAGGUCAAAGAACAUUUUUAGUUACUCCUGAAUAUCAUCGUUUAAACGUUAAACCAUGGAAACAAACAAAAAAUCCGUAUGAAGUCUGGAAUGUACCACCAUCAAAAUUGCCAGUCCGUAAGAAGAAAUCUAUUGUGGCAAUUGAUGAGCGUCUCAUACAACCUCAUUCACCACGUCGUGUAAGCCUUUAUCCAUCGAAUAAUUUUGAAACAAUUGGCGAUGACGAUGACAAUGAUGAAGAACAAAUUAUUUAUUCUCGAAAACCACAACGAAGUCCUCGAAGUCACUUACCACCGAAUGUUAAAAUGAUCUGUAUUAGACACGAUCCUCAUACAACAUCUUACUAA